GCUAAUAAAUAUUUGUUAGUCUAUAAAGUGCUGCCUGUCAUUUUACUGUCUAUUACUAUAGUUUAGACUAACAUGGCUACCCCACUAUUACACAUCUAGUAAAAGACAGAAUUUAACUGUACGGUAUAUACAGAUGUUUAUUUUUUGCCCUGGGCAGUUUUUAAAUACUGUUUUUGCCAAUAAUGAUUGAUGAAUUUCAAUAGCAUAUCGCCCUACAUUCGUACUAAGUCAAAUAAGCUAUAAAAGUUCUAUAGAACAUCGAAGAACAAACAGUCUGACCAUGGAGCUAGUUGAUGAGCAUGUAAUCCAUCGAUUACUGAUUGGUUAGAAUAUUUACUACGGUUCAGUGAAUCUUAAUCCUAGAAUAGCAUAGAUCAAUCAUAUUUCCUCCAUGAUAAUACAGUGAGUAUAUCAUGAGACAGUCAUUCACUAGUUGUUAUUUAGAACAUACAUUCACCAUUGAGAGUAUUGCUGCCUGCAAUGAAAGAGUAUAUUUUACUGCUGCUGGUCUUUUUCAGCUGCUGUUGCCAUGCACAAAUUCAAGUCAUCAGAACCGAAACUGAAGCGAUGGACUUCAUUGCCAAUCAAGGGAACAUUUACCAGGCUAAAGCAGAAGAAUUACAAGCAAUAUUACAAGAUUUUGUCUUAGAACCUCUGCUGUAUUCAACAGAAAAACAGUCAGAACCAAAGAUGUACGGAUUGAAAGACCAAGCCUAUGUUACAAGUAAAGCACUUAAACAAUCUGAAACAACAAAAAAUGCAAUAAAAACAGGAAAAAUGAUAGAAGAACCUACAACAAUGACAGUGAAAAAUGUAACAAUGGAACCUACAACGAUAUCAGUUACAAACACAACCAUUGACGGUACAACACUGAUAGUAACUGAAAUAACAGAGGAACCAGCAAGUACUCAGUGCAUUACAGACCUGAAAACAUUUGGAUCGGACAUUUUAGAAGAAGAACAUUAUGCUCUGAUGAUGUUAGAUUCAUAUGGUAAGCUCCCACCUGGUAUACUCCAAGGUAAUAUAUUGUGGCUUGGACUUUAUGAUCAAUGCUUAAAGCAAUCUAGAGAGGUUGAUGACAAUCAAGCAAAUUUUACUGCACAAUACUGUUUAGCUUCAAUUAUAAAAGACAACAAUCUACAACCUAUUCUUAAUGUUGGAGUAUGUGUUCCUGAUAGCUGCAACAAUGAUGAGUUGAUGGAAUAUUUGAAUAUUUUUGACGAAUCAAAUAUAACUGUGUCUGUCAUGUGCCAUAAGGAAUUUGAUUAUUCAUCCGGCGCUAUAGCUUGUUUAACAUUAAUAGCGUUUCUGGGUUGUCUAAUACUUGUGGGAACAGCAACUGAAGCAUUCAACAAGUAUCAAGAGUCAGAAACUGAGAAUAAGGGAUUUGAAAGGCUGGCAUCUAAAAACCAAACAAUAUUGACAGAUAACGAACAGACCAAAACCACCUCUGUGAAUGGACCAAGUCGUGUUACAACAAUUGAUGUCGGUGGGGAGAAUACACAUGGAUUUCUUAUUCAAUUUCUUCUUUGUUUUUCUUUGUUGACUAAUGGGAGUAAGAUUUUGAAGGCCAAACAAGGGGAAGGAAGUCUAGGAGCACUUAAUGGUAUUAGAGUCCUUAGCUUAUGGUGGGUGAUUUUGGGACAUAAUUAUGUUACCACUAUGACAAUAUUAAGUAAUCCAUCUAAAAUUCUUGAUGUACUUUCACGAUUCACAUUUCAGGCUAUUGGUAAUGCUACUUUUUCUGUUGAUUCCUUUUUUUUUCUAAGUGGCUUACUCGUAACUUACUUAACAUUAAAGUAUUUGCAGAACAAUAAAGGUAAGUUGAACUGGGUGAUGUUCUAUGUCCACAGGUACCUCCGACUGACCCCUGUUUAUAUGCUGGUUAUUUUCAUCUUUACAACCCUAACACCACAUUUUUCAACUGGACCAUUAUACUCUUUUGCUUUGGAUCCAAAUCCACCUUCUGGUGUAGGUAAUUCACUAAAAUAUUGCCAAGAUUAUUGGUGGACAAAUUUACUCUACAUCAACAAUCUCUAUCCCUCAGAACUUAUGAGAGAAUGUCUAGCAUGGGGUUGGUAUCUUGCUAAUGAUAUGCAAUUCUUCAUCAUCAGCCCCUUCAUUAUCUAUCUUCUCUAUCACUAUUUCUUUGCUGGGAUAGCUGCUUGGUGCAUCCUUCUGCUAACAUGUUUCUCCAGUUUGAUAGGAGAAUCCAUCAAACAUGAUCUUACUACAGAGUUCCUCCCAACGAACCCCAACCAAACACAUUUUGCGAAUGAUUCAGCUUAUGUACAACCUUGGACCCGUAUUUCCCCAUACCUUGUUGGUAUGGCUGUGGGAUACAUAUUGUUCAAGUACCAGGGGCGGAUUCGUAUGUCACUUACUAUGACAUUAUUGGGAUGGGUGACUGCAACCGUGACUGGUCUUGCAGUUGUUUAUGGUCUCUAUGGCAACUUCCAUGACAACCUUCUCAGUAAAGCUGCUACAGUUGUGUAUAUCACUUUGUGUCGGUUUGCUUGGGCCAUUGCUCUUGCAUGGGUUGUAUUUGCAUGUACCACUGGGUAUGGUGGGCCAGUGAAUUCCCUGCUUUCCUGGUCAGCCUGGAUACCACUUGCCCGCAUCAGUUACUGCGCUUACCUUCUUCAUCCUAUUAUCAUGUUUGUCUUUUAUUUUUCUCUUUCAACUACAGUUUAUUUUUCGGAUUUAUUGAUGGUGUAUUUUUUCCUUGGAAAUCUUGUGAUAUCAUAUGCUGCAGCAUUUGUUUUGUCAGUAUGUGCAGAAGCACCAUUUAUGGCAUUGGAGAAAUUGCUCUUAAAGCGAGAAAAGAGUGUAUAAAUUUAUGUAAUGUUUCUAUCAUUUACACGCUUAAGUUAUAUUUAAGUAAAAAUAUUUUCUUAUUUUCUUUAUAAUUUUCAAAAAAUAUAUUUUCUAAAUUUUUUUACCAGUAUGUUGAAAUUUUAAAAUCUAAUUCAUUUUUUGUUUGUAAUGAAAUGCAAUUUUUAAUGUAUAGUAUUUUUAGAUAUUUUCAGGUAUACACAGAAAUAAAUUUUUGCCUAAUUUUAACUUUAUGGCCUAUUUUUGUUUUGUUAUCUCUUAAUUACUCUUUAGAAAUUUAGUAACACCGAUGUGACAACUCUAUACAUCUGUCAAUGUUUGUAUGUUUUAUGUAUUUUGAAUACUAAUAAAGUGAACAAAAAACAUUUUAUAUGAAUUAUUUUUUUACAUGAUAAAAUUCACAUAUACUUGUCGGUGUAGAAAGACGUGACUGAAAGAGACAAGUGAAAUGCUCAGCCAAUGUUCAAAACCUUUAGGAGCCCUAACUACAUCUAUUGUGCCAAUCUCUCCCAUUUUGAUUGACUGCUGCAAUGGGCACUUAUAAGUAUACUAAAUAAAAGUGGCUAUUUGUAUAUAAUCCAUCUAUUAAGCCGGUUUUCCACUUGGCGAAUUUAUUCGCGCGAAUCGAAGCCGUCGGUUCGGUUCCUGACCUCUGAUUGGUUGCGAACAUUUUUCGCUUCGCAAAAAGUAGAAACAGUUCGAACUAACAAUUUCGCUGAAAUGAAAACUCCGAUAAAAAUGUAAAUGCGCAUGCGCAUGAACGACGGUUUUGAUUCGCGCGAAUAAAUUCACCUAGUGUAAAACUAGCUUCAAGCUUGUUUUCCAUUAGGCGAAUUCUUGAAUGCUCAUGCGCAAUCACAUUACUUUUUGUGAAAGCGACAAAAAAUAUGCAACCAAUCAGAGCUCAGGACGCUUCUAAUUUGCACAAAUAAAUUUGCCUAGUAGAAAACAGGCUUCAAACCUGACACCAAUGGCACGCUAGGCUUGGACUAGUAGCUUGCUUAAGCAACAUUCUUCACCCUAAUAGUAGAUCGCUAUGGUGUGUGUGCUGAUACUCAACAAUUAAAUGGUGCAGCAGCAUGCACAUUUUUGUCCGUUUACCAGAUUUCAUUUAUUCGUUUGACCAAAGACAGAAUACAUAAUCAAAUACAGUAAGAAUGGUUAGAACAGAAGGGGUUCCAAGUCUCCCGGAAAGCGGGACAGACUCCAGCACUCCCACAUGCGACUAAGAGUCCCCCGGAAAGUAACCCAUCUCCGGCAAAUUCAUAAUAUUUGCAUGUUCUUACUACUUCAAUAUCAAUUUUAUUUUUACUUGGUUUUUUUUUCUUGCUUUUCUUUAUUUGCCUUAUUAUUCU